CUCGAUUCUAAGCGAUACAACCUCGGCUACCCUAGAUUACAAUAUGUUUUGUCCUUCUCAUAAUCAACACUAUACAAUGAAAUUGAGCUAUUCCGUGAAGUUGUCCGGUUCCGAUUUGAAUAUCUAAGUUGGUUUGAUUGUUGAAUGCAACAGAAAGCAAUGGACAAAGUGGACAAGAUCCUGGACCAGUUCACAGACCCCUUGACCGGGUCAGUGCAUGGCGCCGUUUUCAUCGCAAUUGACAGUUCAGGGAAUAUCAUCUAUCAUCGUGCUGCCGGCAAAGCAAACCUUGAUGAUGAAAGGGCACCUGCUUUGCAAACCAAUUUCCUGUACUGGAUUGCCUCCAUGACAAAGCUUGUGACCGCAGUGGCUGUAAUGCAGCUUGUGGAGCGAGGCAUUGUAUCACUUGAAGACGACGUGCGAGCAAUAGUCCCCGAGCUCCGAGAUAUACAAAUAUUAGAAGACAUCAGAAACGAGUUGAACCAGCUACAUCUGAAGCCCGUUCAAGGAAAGAUAACUCUCCGGAAUCUCCUGUGUCAUACAGCUGGCUUUGUGUAUGACAGCUCGUCACCACUCCUGCAAAAAUGGUCUAAAUCCCAGGGUCGAACAGCACACACCUUUUGUGGUAGCAUGGCCGGCUACCAACAUCCUCUACUUUUUGAGCCCGACACCUCCUGGGGAUAUGGGGCAGGUUUAGAUUGGGCUGGUCGAGUGAUUGAAUGCCUGACAAAUUCCACACUCGAGGAUUACAUGCAGACGCAUAUCUGGUCUAAGCUUGGAGCCAGAUCAACCACAUUCCACCCAGAACUGUACCGCGAGACUCUCCCCCCACAAAUGGGAAUGGGAUAUCGCGUGAGCGUGGGCCAGGGCACCAAGUCUCUGAAGUCGGGGCCUAUUAUUCUCAAACAGCCAGCGCAAGAUGAUCUCGGGGGUAUUGGGCUCUUCAGCACGCCGAUGGAUUUUGUCAAAUUACUUUCUGCGCUUCUGGGCGGUGGAUAUCCACUACUCACCCGGGAAAGUGUCGAUAUUCUACUGCGGCCACAGCUUAGUGAUGCAUCUCGGGAAGCAAUGCCGCGACCACUUGGGGCUCAAAUGAGGCGGGUGUUAGGAAUUAGGGACGCUAGGGAUACCCAGCAGGCGGAUCAUUCGCUCGCCGGAACAAUUACAUUGAAGGAUAUUGCUGGCCGGAGACGAGCUGGCACGGUUAACUGGAGUGGGCUGCCGAAUUUGCACUGGUGGAUCGAUCGGCAAACGGGCAUCGCAGCCACGUUAUUUACGCAAGUUAUGCCACUGGGAGAUGCUGCUAUCACUAGUCUUCUUAUUGAUUUAGAAGAGAGUCUUUAUGCAGCGUUGGAAGAGAGUGCAGUUCCUAUGAAAGUUGACGUGAAGCUAUAG